UAUCAUAAAUAAAGCCCAAGUCUUACUUGAAUUUUCGGUGAAGCCUGAGUUUCAGAAGCCAGAACACAGUCCAGCAGAAUUACAGAUUGUCCACUGGAUUUUUCUUCCCUAGAGGGGCAAGAGACGAUGGUGAAUUAGCUUCGCCCCAAUGAUUUACUUCAAGUAAAUGUAUUUGCCCCCGAAGCAAGUUUUGAUGUCAUAAGUAAAGAUUGUGUGCUUUAAAUUAUGGAGCUAAAAUAUUCAUCUCCAAAGAGAGUUCUUUCAUCUUCUGAUUGUAAUGGUGGCCCUGAAGAAGAGAAAGAAAUCAGCGAGGAUGAUGAUGAUGAUCGUAAUCAUAAGCAUCGAAGAAGGGAUAUACAUCCCGAGUCUGAGGCACUUCCUUUUGAAUCAGCUUUGACGAGACCCUACAGGAAGCGCAACAAGCCCAUUGGAAAUGGACACCUAUACAGGGACUCUGUAUCUUAUGCUUUUGAGAAAGAAGCAACUGCACCUUUUGAGAAGAAAAGAGGUAUCAAUUCACUUUUCAGAGAUCAACAAGAUGUGAACCCAAAAAUGUGGUCAAAUCAAUCACUGUCUAGAGAACCUGGCACUGGAAGGGGUCGGGGAAGGGAACCUAGUUUAUGGACCUUACAUGAUUCUAGGUUCAGUCGAUUUGAUAUUUCAUCCCAAAUGGGUCAACAAGGUUCUGUCCCCCCUGGUCUCUUUGCCGGAAGGGGCUUGCCGAAUGUUUCUAAUGGACCAAGUUCACCUUGGAAUUCAUUUGGCAUGAUUCCUAGAAUGCCUAUUACUGGCCUUGAUCCACUCCACCCCCUUUCCUUGCAAGGAGCACUUAGAGCACCCAUGAACCCUGCCAUUGGUAUGGGUAUACCUCGGCAAAGAUGUAAAGACUUUGAGGAGCGUGGGUUUUGUCUAAGAGGUGAUAUGUGUCCAAUGGAGCAUGGAAUGAACCGUAUUGUUAUUGAGGAUGUUCAGAGCCUUUCUCAGUUUAAUCUCCCUGUUACGCUUAGCGCACCCAUGCUUGGAACAGCAAGUGGACAAGGAGCUUUAUCUGCAGUAGGCCCUACUUGCUCAUUGAUGAAUAAAGCUCAUAUGAAGGGUGGAAAAAGUGGACUGACCAAUGAUGGAUUAGGAUUUAAUGUGGCACUUACAGGAGGUUCAAUGGCUGGGGGAGCAGAUGUAUAUGAUCCUGAUCAGCCUUUAUGGACAAGUGUUGAUGAAACUGCACAGCUGAUGGAUCCAGAUUCAUCUAAUCAUGGUAAGCCCAGGCUAUCUGAAUGCUAUGACACUCAACACCCAACUGCAAGUAAUCUGGCAGCCACAGUAUCUCAAGGUGUUUGGGGUCGAAUUAAGAGUUCAAAAGGCAAAUUGGAAAUCAAAGAAAAAGUUGGACCAAGCAUUGAUUCUUCAAUUCAAAUUGAAAGUGAAGCUAAAAACGAACCAUAUCUAUCUAGAAGUGAUGGGAAGAAUGUGGAUGUAGAAAACCUUGAUUCAGCAUCAGCAGGAACAUCUUUUAAGUCGCAAAAUGAUUCUGGACGUGAUACUCGGAGGUCUUCUCAAAAGGCACAUUGUACUCUGUUUGUCAGCGGCAUUCCACUAACUGACAACAGAAGAGAGGCCAUUUUUUCACAUUUUAAAAAAUUUGGAGAGGUUAUUGACAUUUAUAUCCCCAUGAAAAGUGAAAGAGCUUUUGUCCAAUUUUCUAAGAGAGAAGCCGCUGAGGCAGCUUUGAAGGCACCCGAUGCUGUAAUGGGCAACCGUUUUAUCAAACUUUGGUGGGCUAAUAGGGACAACAUUCCACACAAUGCAGUAAUCAGUGGCAAUAAUGCACAAACCACUGCUCCGAUAAUGACAACUACUUCUGCUUCAACCCAUCAUUCUGUUGCUUAUAAAGGAAAAGAAACUUUGGGAUCUGUGCCCAAACUAAUCCCCAAUAUUCCUAAGCCUGUGGUUGCUAAUACCCCAAAAGCUCCAGCCCCUCAAAAGAAGAUGGAGAAUUUAGAACUGUUAAAAGAAGAACUUCGCAAAAAGCAGGAGAUGCUUGAUCAAAAGCGGAAUGAGUUCCGUCGUCAGUUGGCUGAAUUUGAGAAACAAGCCUCAGGUCUUAAAGGUGAAGGACAACCUGAUCAUGUUGCCAAGAAACAUAAUGGAGAAAGGGUAGCUGACAUCAAGAAAGUUGAAACAUCAAGCUACAUAAAAUCUGACAUUGCCGAAUCAUCUCAACAUACCGAAGUAAUGCCCAAUAGUGAUAAAUCUGCAGAAGAUGGACUGCUGUCUUGUUCAAAAUCAUCUUCUACUGCGGAUACGUCAGAACCCUUGAGGCAGUCAAUUCGUCCAUUGGCACCUACAGGGGCUCCUUUUAUCUUUAAUAGAUACAAACUGGACAACCGCCCCACAGCUUUCAAAAUCAAUCCACCUAUACCAAGUGCGCUGGCAAAGGUUGCUCUUUUAAAGGAACACUUUUCUCCCUUCGGUGAACUUUCUUCUGUGGAGCUUGAAGGAACAGAGGCAGAGGAUAGAUCGGACACGUCUAAAGUCUCUGCCCUGGUAUCCUUCACAUCACGCCGGUCUGCGGAAAGAGCAUUUUUGAAUGCUAAAAGCUGGCAGGGUCAUGCAUUGCAAUUUACUUGGGUACCCUCAGUUAAUUCUAAUGCAUGUGUUGGCGUGAAAGAAAAUACUUCCGUUUGCGAUGAUCAUGGAGUGAAAGAAAAUGUAUCUUGUUCUCAACAAGCUGCUUCAGACUCUAAUACUCCAACUCUUGAAGAAGGUACUCCCACCUGUUCACUAAAAGCAGUUAUUGCUAAAACUGAAAGUAUUGAGAAAAGUGGAAGUGACCUCAGGGAGAACACAGAUGAAGAGCCCAAGUCCGGUUUGGCAACAAUUUCUCUUGAUAGACAGACUACUCUGAAUGAUUGAUUUCGGGAAUGGCCUGUUUGUCAUUUUGUGUAUGGGUGAGUUUUUCUUUUCAGCUGCCUUCAGAUAUAAAAUUUCAGGUCUUAAGAAUUGGGGGGAUGGGGCUGUGUGGCUCAAGCUCAUACAAAGCAAUCAAAUGUAAAGAGAGACUUUUCUAUAUAAAAUUUGGUGUCAUAUUACGGUCACCCUUAGCUGAAAUGAAUUCUAUUAACUACUAGAGGGGGGACUAAGAAGAACUUCCAGCUCUGAGAUUACACUUGAAAAUUUUAUUUUUCGAUAAGGUUUAAUGCUAUUUUUGUUUUGUUUUUUUAUUGUCAUUUCAUUCGUUUCCUUGUUACAUAGGCUCCUGCUUAUUCGUUGUAUAUAUUACCAGCUAAACGUUAGGUGUAUGUUUUGAAAUUCAUGACUUCAUGUUAUCUCGU